GAUUUCCUUGCUGAUCACUUGCAAGUUGUCCCCACGGAUAAGUGCUGCUACUCGACACCGCGAUCCACGUAACGCAAUUUGCUCAUGCAUGCAUGACACGUGCCUUUUCCACAUUCAGCAGGUUCCUCUUCUUAAACCCUCCCCUUCCACUUCAAUUCAACUCAAACAUCUUCUUCUAGAAAGAGACAGAGAGAGAUGGAGACGUGGAAGCAAGGAAGCGGUCGACUUCCGGCGAUCUUCUUCUGCCUUUUAAUCGCCGUGGCGGUAACGGCAGAUCGCGGAGUAUGGGAGGUGCCAGGUGAUGAAGGCGGCAGUCAUGAGUGGGCACCAUUUUUGAUGAAGAAAUCGGAGGUGGUGGUGAAGACGGAGGGCGGCGAGAUCAGGGUGUUCAGAGGCCACCCAUGGAACGGCCAUCCGCCCCGCAUGCACAUUGGCUUCGUCACCAUGGAGCCCAACACACUAAUGAUUCCACAUUACUUAGAUGCCGACCUUAUCCUCUUCCUUCUAAGAGGGGAGGCAAAGAUCGGUUGGAUUCACAAGGACGAUUUUGUUGAUCGCCAAUUAAAACCUGGAGACGUUCUCCGAAUUCCGGCGGGCUCCGCCUUCUACGUCGUCAACACCGGCAAGGAACACCGACUCCAAAUCGUCGCAAGCAUCGAACCCAUCGGCACUGAUCUCAUCCCUGACUUGUUUACACCUUUCUACAUUGGCGGCGGGGAGUAUCCUCUUUCCGUCUUAGCAGGAUUCGAUAUAAGAACAUUAGCCGCAGCGUUCCAUGCUACACCAGAGGAGGUAGGAGUGCUGACAUUAGGCCGCACCGCCGGGCCGAUCAUAUUCAUCCAUGGAAAUGAAGCCGACUACCUCCAGCAGCUCAACGGCGCCGUGAAGUCGGCGAUGGAAACGAUGAAAAAGACUAGACGAUUAGCGCAGGAUGUUAACGGGAAGAUAGAAAUGGAAGCAAAAGAAGAAAAGAAGAAAGGAGCGUGUACCUUGACAAGCAUCUUAAGCCCAAUCUUCUCCGGAGAACCAUCAACAGAAAUGAACGAGGCCCGGCGCCCCGUUGGCGAUCCAGUAAAAGCACCGGAUGCAUACAAUAUCUACGAUCGUGACCCUGAUUUCAGAAACGACUAUGGUUGGAGCAUCGAGGUCAACGAACACGACUACCUGCCGCUCAAGCAAUCGGACAUUAGCGUCUUCCUCGUCAAUCUCAGCGCGGGAUCGAUGAUGGCACCGCACGUGAAUCCUCGGGCGACGGAAUACGGGGUGGUGGUUUCCGGGGCGGGGACGGUGGAAGUGGUUUAUCCUAACGGGACGGGGGCGAUGAAGGCGAAGGUGAAGGAAGGGGAUGUGUUCUGGGUGCCGCGGUUUUUCCCAUUCUCUCAGGUGGCGGCGAGCCAUGGACCAAUGGAGAUCCUAGGGUUUACGACGUCGGCGAGGAGGAAUAGGCCGCAGUUUCUGGUGGGGAAGAAUUCGAUAUUGAGGCUGAUGAUGGGGAAGGAGCUGGCGGCGGGAUUUGGAGUGAGGGAGGAGGAGUUGAGGCAGGUGGUGAUGAAGCAGAACAACACCGUGAUACUGCCGAGCUGGGAGGAGAACGAGGAAUGAAGCGUCGGGGCGGGAAAAGAGUGAGCCGUGAGGCCGUGCU